AGUUCUCUCAUUCAAGUCAGACAGCAGGUAAGAACUAGUGGCUUCUUGAUUGAACUCGAUCUAACGAAGUCAUGGCUCAAAUAGCAAAAAUGCAAGUUGAAGCUGAGAUCAAAGCUAGUGCUGAAAAGUUCUACGAAGUCUUUCGUAGCAAAGGGUACUUGCUGCCCAAGAUCUGCCCUGAGAUGAUUAGUGACCUACGGGUAAUUGAAGGGGAUUGGGGAACUGUUGGCUCGGUCAAGCAGUGGACUUAUGUUGCUGCAGGUAAUUCUGAGAUUGCAAAAGAGACAGUUGAAGCCAUGGAUGUGAAAACCAAAUCAUUAACUUUCAAGACGGUGGACGGAUCGAUGCUGAAAGUCUACAAGAAUAUUAAGACAACGGUUCAGGUUACGGCAAAGGGUGGCGGAUGCAGCUCGGUUAAAUGGAGUAUAGAAUACGAAAAGCUGAACGAGGAUUCCCCACCUCCCAAUAAGUACCUGGACUUUGUUGUCAUUCUCACUAAGAAGGUUGAUGCCUAUCUGCUGAAGGCAUAAUAUGGAUCGGAUCAUCCCUCGCAUGCAUGGGAUUGGUACGGUUACUAUGAUAUGAUAGUACAAUAAAAGUUAAUCUGGGAAGGCUUUUCCACUACUACUGGUUUUAAUUAUCAAUUUAUGUAUUAAAUUUAUAUACGAUAUGUUUGUGUUUAAUUUCCA